CCGGAGAUCCAAAGCCCACAGUCUUCGAUCUAGAUCGACAUACUGCAUAUUUUAUUAAUUUUUUUAAGUCGCAAAUUAUUAUAUAUCGGUAAAUAUUCAAACAUUUCGAUACGAAAUUUCGCGUUUCGAUAAUCUUCCGCUAUUGUCACGUAUGUACACUUCCGGUGUCAUGUUUGACGUUUCUGCCUCCUGUGUUUUAUGUUAUUAGCAAUUAUUGAUAUCGUGAGAUUAUAAGUAUCGAAAUAUAUUAGUUUAAGUAUUUAAUUUACGAAAACCAUGCUUGUGUUAGUAUUGGGGGACCUGCACAUUCCACACAGAUGUAGUAGUCUCCCAAGUAAAUUUAAGAAGCUGCUAGUACCGGGAAGAAUACAGCAUAUCUUAUGCACUGGUAAUCUUUGCACGAAGGAGUCCUAUGAUUAUCUCAAGACGCUAGCUAGUGAUGUACAUGUGGUCAGAGGAGAUUUCGACGAAAAUCUAAAUUAUCCAGAACAGAAAGUAGUUACUGUAGGCCAGUUCAGAAUAGGCCUUUCCCAUGGGCAUCAAGUGGUACCAUGGGGUGAUCCAGAAUCCUUAGCCUUGAUACAGAGACAAUUAGAUGUUGAUAUUCUCAUAUCUGGACACACGCAUAAAUUUGAAGCCUACGAGCAUGAAAAUAAAUUCUACAUCAAUCCUGGAUCAGCUACUGGAGCUUACAAUCCUCUGGAUACGUCAGUUAUACCAUCAUUCGUACUAAUGGACAUUCAAAGUUCAACAGUGGUUACGUAUGUGUAUCAGCUGGUCGGAGAUGAGGUUAAAGUGGAAAGAAUUGAAUAUAAAAAGAGUUAGAGCCACUGGAAUCUCUUGAAUAUCUAUUAUGGAUUAUACCUGAAAUUUAAUAAGAAUGCAUUAUGUGCAUGAAUUCAACAUUUUCCGGGUACUAUUAAUCUCUAUCUCGGAUUAAUUGAUUAAUUAGCAUUAAGCGUGAUUAUUAAAUCGUAUAUUUGUUGUAAAUAAAGUGGUAUCAAUAUUAUAUACAUAAAGUUCUCUCGGAAUUGAAAA